ACACGGAUCUGUACGUCUGAAUUGUAUUUGUGUAUAUCUCUGACGGUAAUGAUAUACAUUCGUUGCUUAUACAUUUUACUUAAAGAAACUCUUGCUUAGAUAAUAGGAAGUCGCACACAAUGAGCAAUGACGACCUGUUUGAUGCUGUUGAUGCCCUCGAGCAACAGCAGUAUCAUGCUGGAGAGGAAGAAGGUCUAGAAGAGGGCCGCAAGAAGCAUAUGAUGACAGGUGCACUUCUUGGAUGGCAACAGGCAUGUCACAUCCAGCAGGAACUCUGUCGUAUUGAAGGACUUCUUGAGUCGCUGCUCCUGAACUGCCGAUCAGACAUCAACCCGAAACUGCAAACCCAAAUGGAAAAGCUACUCUCAACCAUCAGGGAAUGUCCGAACUGGGACCCGGCUGAUGAGGAGACCAUGGAGGCCAAGCUUUCUGCUAUCCAUACUAAGAGUAGAUACAUCCUGCAGAGAUUAAAAAUACCAGCCAAAGUGAUCGAUAGAAGUGUUGAUGGGGAUUUUUGAAAAGUUAUUAUUUUAUUUUAGGUGUGUGUGUGUGUGUGUGUGUGUGUGUGUGUGGUGUGUGUGUGUGUGU